AUGCCCUUGAGCAAUCUGGACAUCGUAGACCAAUGCGACAGGUUUCCGUACCCGGACGCCCAAUCAGACACGUACUUUGCGGCCAUCAACACCUACUACCAAUUGCGCGUCGCAGGUCACGAGUAUGCACUGGGCUACAUGCUGCCGUCGGUCGUCGAGGUGUUUCGCGGGAUCCGGAACUGGGAAAUCGACGACGACGAGCGCAUCUUGGAUCUCGUGACGGGGUCCAAUGCGCAGGAAAGGUCAAAGGUAGUCGAGAUGACGUUGCUGGCGCUGCGCCAGACGGGCCACUUCAAGGUGCUGGAUAAGUGGAGAGGCGAGCUGUAUGCCGUGUACGGCAGGAACAAAGAGCUGCUGUUCAAUGUGGAGAGGAGCGCCAGUCCGCUGUUUGGUGUCGUCACAUAUGGUGUGCAUUUGACGGCCUUUACACGCAAGGAUGGGGAGAUGAAGAUUUGGACACCGAGAAGAGCACGGACAAAGCAGACAUAUGGAGGGAUGCUGGACAAUGCCGUGGCGGGUGGUAUCGCGUCGGGCGAGAGUCCCUUUGAGAGCUUGGUCAGGGAAUGCGCAGAAGAGGCCUCGCUGCCCGAAGAGCUCGUGCGGAGCAAGGCAAAGGCGUGCGGCACAGUCACGUACUGGUACAUCCGCGACGAAAGAGCAGGGGGAGAGACAAAUUUGAUGCAGCCCGAGGUGCAAUACGUAUAUGAUCUUGAGCUUCCAGAGGAUACGAUACCGAAACCUGGAGACGACGAGGUCGAGGAGUUCUAUCUGUGGUCGGUAGAAGAGGUGCAGGAGGCAAUGAGGAAGGGGGAAUUCAAGCCCAACUGCUCUCUGGUCGUGCUCGACUUCCUCAUCCGACACGGCAUCCUGACAACGGAGAACGAGAAGGACUACAUCGAGGUGGUGAGCCGAUUGCACCGAAAACUUGAAUUUCCUACAGUAUGA